AUGAUUAAUCUUGAGUGAGAUCUGUCACUCAAGACUGAGUCCCUCUGUAGAGCUGAUUCUAUCGUUCUCCCUUCUCUUUAUCCUGCCAAAGAGCAGCGGCUGCCAAAGUGUCUGAUGGGCACCUAGGACGUGCAGAUGGGUGGAAGACCUCGGAAACCGGUGCAGCGAAGCAAGGCGACCAUCCUUUGAAAGACGAGCUACUGUCACGUGUGCGCGCGCAUAUAUGCGUGUUCUCCAGAACAUCCACUCAUUCUUCAAUACCAUGAUCAUCUCUCGUGUUUCAGGCGUCAAAGCAACCUUUCCGGCGUCACUCGGUUAUGGUUCCUUGGCCGGGUUGCCAAAGGAUGUUGGGGAAGCAAAGAGGUUCAGCGGUCUGUUGCUCGUCACGUAG